AUGCUAAUCCUCCACCUAUUCCACUAUAUCGGAUUCACCGGCGCCCAAUUAUUCAAUGCGAUUCUAGUGCUCCUGAUCCUAAAAAGAGCCGGAAAGCUCUUCGGAGCCUACCGCCACGUGAUGCUAGUCUUCACAUUCUGCUCAAUGCUCUAUUCGGGCGUUGAGAUUGUAACACAACCUGUGCUCCAUAUGAAGGGACCAAUGUUCGUGGUCUACCUGGAUGGUACCGCAUUUCCAGAAUCACUCGGAUCGUUUAUAGCGUGCCUUCACUGCGGAACUUUCGGAUUCCUGAUUUCCGUUCUAGCCGCACAGUUUUUCUAUCGAUACGUGGCAUUGUGUAGAUCGAAUCUUCUGAAAUUUCUAGAUGGAAAUCGCAUAUUUUUGAUAUUUCUCCCAUGCAUUUUCAUCUAUAUUUUAUGGUUUCAAUUGGUUCGAUGGGGAAUGUCGGCGACGAUCGAAAAACGCAUUUAUUUGAAGUUUGUGUGA